AUGCGGUGUGCUUCUCACGGUUUGCAGAGAAUAUUCCACAGCAAUUGCUUUCAACGUGCGGCGCUGGCGUUUUUCUCCAAUGAUACGAGGGCACCAACGUUGGUGGAGCAGAGACGAGCCUCCACUCAGUUUUCCAACUCUUUAUCUUCUUCUUCUUCUUGUGAGUCCAGUGUAAUGUCUCCAGCGCCGUCAGGACACCAGCCAAGCAUUGAUAACAGCGGUACGGUGAGGUCGAACGAAAAUAAAACGAAGGGCCCCAGGCAACGCACGGAUAGUGGCGGAGCGUCAGUCAAAUACAAGACGAGUCGGAAACCGCUGCCGAGUAUCAAAGUCAAGAAGCGCUCCCCAUGGGGGAUGCAGCAACUACGUGACUCGUGGAGUGCCGACGCCAUGACGAAGGGUGAGAAGGAGAACAUGAGUGAACGGAUCCACCGAGAGUAUCGCUAUCAUCCCGAGGAGUUUCGCCGUCAUCAUAUUAAAUUAGCCGCUUUUUUGGCGUUUCCUGCACUUAUCGUUGGGACCUUUGGCGGCUAUUACUGCCAUACAGGUCGGCCUCUAUGGGAAGGUGAUCCACAGUACCUGUUGAACGUGAUUAGGCAGAUGGAUACCUCACCGCGUAGUAAGUUAUACCCCUAUAUUCUUGAGGGAACAGAGGAGCUUCCUGUGCAUGUGCGGGCGUAUCGUGAAAAGAAUUGGGAAAAACGUCUUGCCCUAGAGGGUGUCAUUCUUGGGCGGGUGGAGAAAGAGCAUCAGCAAGGCGUGGUUUGA